AUGAGACCAACCUUAGACCUCGAAAUUGAAGCUAUAUCGGAACAUGAUCACUCCGACAGUACCAGUAGCCAAGUCGCAUCAAACCUGUCUCCAGUCGGAGACGAAUACAGAUGCAUCUCACUGAAUCUUAGCCUCUGUUCUAAAAACAACAACAAUUUGGAUCUUGAAUCAUCGUCUUUGACGCUGCCACUUUCCAGCACGAGCGAGAGUAGCAACCCAGAGCAACAACAACAACAACCGUCUGUAUCAAAGAGAGUCUUCUCUUGCAACUACUGCCAAAGAAAGUUUUACAGCUCACAGGCUCUUGGGGGUCACCAAAACGCUCAUAAACGCGAGAGAACACUCGCCAAGCGCGCCAUGCGUAUGGGUCUCGCUGGGGUCUUCCCGAGUAGAGGAUCCAAUAGUAAGUAUGCGGCUGCUGCUACAGCAGCUGCUCUUUCGUGCUUGCCGCUACACGGAAGCGGGAACAUAACCUCAUUCAGGACUUUGGGAAUUCGGGCUCAUGCCUCGUCCCAUGACCUCGGCAUUACAAGGCCGACACCAGAAACUAUUAUCAGGAACUUUGCCAGGUUUAACCAAGGGUAUUUCAGUAAUUGUGUACCCUUUUUCGUGGAGGAUGACGAUGCCGAGAUGCUAUGGCCGGGGAGUUUCAGGCAAGCAGCUCAUGCGGUUGCGGCUGAAGCGGUUAAUGAUAACUUAGGUGAAAGUAAAGCGGAUUUCUUGGAGGUUAAACAAGCAAUGGAUAUGGAGAGUUCUCUUCCUGAUCUAACCUUAAAGCUUUGA